ACCGACCAACCAACCAGCCAGCCAUCCAACCGCCUAACCAGCCAACCAGCCUACCAACCUACCAGCUUCAUUUAGCUUGUUGAUGUUUUCUCUGGAUAGGAUUAUUGUACCUGUUAUGAGAUGUUAAUAAGAAGACAACAAGGAAUAUACUUAACUUUACCACUGUUAACACCCUGAUUAUUAUUAUUAUUAUUACUAUUAUUAUUAUUAUUAUUAUUAUUAUUAUUAUUUAUGAUUUAUGCCAUUUGUUGAAAGCACAAAAGGAAACUAACAUACAAACAUCAUCAUAAGAAGAAAAAAAUAAUCUAAAAGGCCCUCAAAACAAAAAUAUUUAAAUAUAUACACAUAUACAUAUACAUACAUACAUAUAUAUAUACAUUAUAUAUUUAGAAUAUAUAUAUAUAAAUAUAUAUAUAUAUAUUGUAAUCAUGGUUCUGGAAUAUGUUGUAAGUGUUUGGGAAACUGCAGAGCCGGAGGUUUAUGAUUCACAGAUCUACACAGACUGGGCCAACCACUAUUUAGAGAAAGCUCACAACAAGCGCUUCAUUAGCGACCUACAACAGGAUGUCGGGGAUGGUGUCCUUCUGGCUGAUGUCAUAGAAGCUGUCACUAAUGAAAAAGUAAAAGAUAUAAAGUUGAAGCCAAAAACAUCAGCCCAAAUGGUGGAAAACAUUAAUACAUGUUUAACAUUUCUCGCAAACUUGGGAGUAUGUGUUGAGGGACUCAGUGCAAAAGAUAUCAAAGAUGGGAACCUGAAGUCGAUUCUGGGAUUGUUUUUCAGUCUUUCUCGGUUCAAACAGCAGCAGAAAUCACAGCAGCAGCAACAAAAACAACAGCAAAACCUUCAGCAGCAGCAGCAGCAACAACAACAACAGCAACAGCAACAGCAGCAACAGCAACACCAACAGCACCAUCACCAACAACUGCAGCAGCAAAACCAACAUCAACAACAGCAGCACCAUCAUCAUCAACAACAACAGCAACACCACCAUCAACAACAACAAAAACAAUCACAUUCUCAGUCUGCACAACAGCCCAUCCACCAUCACCACCAUGAAUCUAAGUUAUCUGCAAAUCAAAUAGACCACCAGCAAAAUCAAGGUACCGGGGAGACUAUAGGUUCAGCCGUUGGAAAGAGCACAUCACAUGUAAACGGAGGGGAAAUGUUAUCAAGGCUUCCUGCCACAUUCAAACAAGGCAACAAAUGUCCUACAAUCAGCAACCCCACCACUAAAGACACAAGUCAUUUCAAUGGCAAUGCCAACACAACAACUAAUCUCAAUAAUUCCAGAAAUAAGUCUCAGGGUAGCAGCACAGCAGCUUGUGGUACCAAUGAAAAGGUACGCUCUCAUCUAAACCAACAGAACAACAACCAGCUCUCCUGCAAUACAGGUAAUACAGCUUUGUUUACCCUCAAUCUUUUUUCUUUUCUUUUUUGUUUUCCUUUCCUUUCUUUUACAUUCCAGGUAGAAUUUUUGGAAAUUUGUGAGAUGUCUUUUAGGAAGAUUUUUGGUCAAUAUUUUUUUAUGGGUACCGGGUGGCAGGGGUGUGUGGGUUUUUGAGUACAGUUUUAUGAUGUCUUUUAACAUCAGACUUUAUUGGAGAAUUUGCUUUUACAAUUCUGUGAUGCUUUGUAUUCAUCAACCACUUAACUGUGAAGUAAUGAAAGGACCCUGCAUUCUAUAUUGCACAUCUAUAUUGCACACACACACACAUAUACAUGUGUGUGUGUGUAUAUAUAUACGUAUACAUAUAUAUAUAUAUGUAUACAUAUAUAUAUGUGUAUACAUACAUAUAUAUGUAUAUAUGUAUAUAUAUACACACACACAUACAUAGAUACAUACUCACAUAUAUACACGCAUGCGUAUAUUUAUAUGGCUGUGUGUAUAUAUGUGAGUAUAUACACAUAUUUAGAUACACAGACACAGGCAUGCAUACAUUUGUGUUUGCAUAUACGUUUUAUAUCAACAAGUGUGUAGUGACAAAAGGUUUAAGUCCUUGUACUGUCUCGUCUAUGUUGGAGUACAGCUUUCUAGAGUGCAACCCUUUAUGUCAACCCCAGUAUUUCCCUGAUACUUAUUUUAUCAAUCUGGACAAGGUUUGAAAUCACAACAGAAUGAGAGUGAACACACCAGAAAUAGCAGUCUAAUCUCUGGCAAAAUCACUCUGCCCUUUCUGUAGAAAAGAAGGACAUACUAGAUAUAUACUGUAGACCUUUGAUGUAUUAUGCUUUGAAAUAUGAUUGGAUGGUCAUGUCUAGAAUGCCUUUGAUCCUAGGUCUGCUCAUAUAGAGAGCUGACCUAAAGCCAGGCCAUAACAACAGAAAUGACAGCAAUAACAACAAACACUAAUAAAAUAUACAAAAAUUCAUUUGUCCAACACUCUACUAAUUCUUUCAUCUGGUGUUAUUGGUGCAUCAGUAUGCACAAUUAUGUAUGACUUUGUGCGUGUGUGUGCAUCUGCAUUUCAGUUAUGGAAAAUAUAUAUCUAUCUCAUGUAGUAGCUACAGUCAAAAUAUUAGAUUUAUUAUAUUACUAUUAUUAAUGUUAUUAAUGUUAUUAAGAUUGUCUUUUGAUGUACUACUCAGUGUCAUGGGCCCUUGUUGCCAAUAAAAGAAAUCACUACUACUACUACUACUACUACUACUACUAUUAUUAUCAUCAUUAUUCAUAUGCACUCAACAGAUUAGAUUGUUAGAAAAGAAAAGAAUCCUAACAUCGGGUUACAACAAGUAACCGUAGAUGCCAAGAACCCUCCUAAGUAUCCUAGCUGUCCCUAAUAACACUGUUUUCUGCAGCUGUACUAAACUGGGGUGUAUGCCUACUUCUUCUAUCCAUCUGUUCAGAUCUUUAGGGAUAGUUCCCAAUGCACCUAUUACAAGGAUACAUUUUACCCACACUUUCCAUAAUCUCCGUAAUUCAAUGGUCCUGGUAUUUUGCUAGUUUUUCUAUACUUCUCAUGUUAAUUUUUCUUCAUCAUUUGGGACUGUAAAGUUAACUAUCUGGCACGUUCAAAUAUUAUUAUUAUUAUUAUCUUUAUGAAGGUGGCAAGCUGGUAGAAUCGUUAGCACAAUGGGCGAAAUGCUUAGCGGUAUUUUGUCUGCCUCUACUUUCUCAAUUCAAAUUCCACCGAGGUUGACUUUGCCUUUCAUCCUUUCGGGAACCAAUUACCUCCCCAAAAGUUUCAGGUCUUGUACCUUUAGUAGAAAAGGAUCAUUAAAACUGUUAUUAAGGCAGGGUCAACUUUGCCUCUCAUCCUUUUGGGGAUCGAUAAAAUAAGUAAUGGUUCAACAUUGGGGAGCCAAUAUAACCGACUUAACCCCUCCCCUCAAAAUUUUUGACCUUGUGCCAAAAUUUGAUACCAACACUAUGCUUGUUGUUACUGCUAUUACUGCUAUUAUUAUUACUACAACUACCCUCAUUCUUCUUCUUCUUGGUCUUAUUAUUAUUAUCAUUAUUAUUAUUAUCAUCAUCAUUAUUAGUAUUAUUAUUAUUACUAUUAUUAUCAUUAUUAUUACUAUUACUAUCAUUAUUAUUAUCAUUAUUAUUAUUAGUAGUAGUAGUAGUAGUAGUAGUAGUAGUAGUAGUAGAUGCUUUUUACUGCAUCUGGUUUGGUUUCUAAGUUCACUGUUCUGAGGAGGGAAGGAGAAAAAUAAAAAAAUAAAGAAACAUUUUUUUUUAAAAAGCCACUCUACUAGCGAUGUACUGAUGUUGAUUCAAUUAACUUUGGUGCUUCCAUGACAGAAAUUGGCCUCAUGUCUAGUUGGAACCACUCAAAAAGUAAAAUUAAUAUUGGCACAGACAUGCAUGAAUGCUUGCUCGUAUAUA